AUGUCAUCAUCAUCAAUCUCUUCAUUAAUCUCAUCCUCACUCCUAAAGAAAACCACCAUCCCAAUUACCAAACCUCUCUACACCACAAAUUUAUCCUCCAAAAAACCUCCAUCAUUACUUUGUAUCCCUACAUCGGCUCUUUUCUCAAAUAGUAAUAAUAUACCCGAAUACCCGGGUAAAGGCCCACCCGAAUUCCCCUUUAAACCCGAAACCGAACCUCCUUCAUUUCCUAAAGAGAACCCAACCAUUCCAACACGUGAACCUGAAGUAGACCCAAGUGUGCCACCCGAAAUAGUUAUUGAUCCUCCUCAGUUCAACCCGUUUCAUGACCCGAAUCCAAACCCGAAACCGGAUGCUCCAAAACCACCACUAACUCCUCCUGGACAAGAUAUGCCGUUUCCCAUACCGGAUGUAGUACCGCCGCGGCCACCACCGGAUGUCGUUCCUCCGUGUCCUCCUGGACCGGAUAUUGUUCCACCGCCAUCUACUCCGCCGAUACCACCACCCACAGGACCAAGUAUUAUUUUGUAG